GGAGUUACUCUAAAUAGAGUUAGCGGUUCAAAAGGGCACCAAAUUAUUUUGAACUCUCUCCAACUCAAACGCAGUCAGUCCGUAUAGAGAGUCACCGACCACACCAGUCGUCGUUUUCCGUAAUCUUCGCGGAAGGCCUUUGAUUUCAUUUCCAGCUCAAAUGGAAUUGGAAACCCAAAACCCAAUCCACUUCCCCCUUCCAUGCCUCCCCAUCUUCUUCCUCAUGUUCUCCAUCAUCUACCUCAUUGCCUACUUCAUCGUCUUACGAACUUGGAGCCCCAAGAUCCGACCCGAAGCCUCCAGCUGCCUAAUCUCCCUCGCCCACGGCACCCCCGCCGUACUCCUCUCCACUUACGCCAUCCUCUCCGACCCCGCCACCGGAUUCGCCGCCCCCAACACCCUUUUCCAGAACUCCGUCCUCGACUACAGCGUCGCCUACUUCCUCACCGAUCUCCUCCACUACCUCGUCUUCUUCCCCAGCGACGUCCUCUUCAUCGGCCACCACCUUGCCACGCUCUUCGUCUUCCUCACCUGCCGCUACGUCGCCUCCCACGGCGCAUUCGCCAUUCUCUCCCUCCUGAUCCUCGCCGAGGUCACCAGCCUCUGCCAGAACGUCUGGACGCUCGCCAACGCCAGGAGAAGCGACUUGAAGUUUGCAGCUAAAGUGUAUGAUCUUUUGUCUCCUCCAUUUUACAUUUUGUAUUCGAUUGUCCGUGGCUUUGUGGGUCCGUAUUUCGUGUACCAGAUGGGGGCGUUUUACAUCAGCGGCGCCGCCGACGGAUUGAUUCCGCGGUGGGUUUGGGUUUCUUGGAUUGUGGUGGUGGUGGCCGCCAUUUCUGUCAGCAUUUUGUGGAUUUCCAAUCUCUGGGUGGAAUUGUUUAGAGCCCGGACCGGCGAAUUGGAAAAGAAAACUAGAUAAUUAGAGAUUUGAAAUUGAAAAUUUGAGCUGUUUCUCAAAAGCUUAAUAACAAUUUGGGUUGUUUUAUUAGUGGUUAUAUAUGUAACAAUUUGCAACAUGUAUUCUUAAUCACAGUUUCAUAGUUUUUUUAUUCAAA